CCAUCCCCACGAAUCUCUUCCUGAUUUGCUCUCUAUCUCUCUUACUCUUACACACCACCACCCAACGACAACAUUUAAACAAAAGAAAAAAAAAACAUAUCCUUUCAACCAUUCUUUCCGGCAACUGUUUUCACCUCAAUCUCAUCACACCUCACCUCUUUCUUAUUCGAUUCCCAAACCAAUAUGCAAACUACAACCAACUUUCUCCUUCUUAAUAAUUCACCUCAUUCAGAUCAUCACACUAACUCAUAAUAAUAAUAAUAAUAAAAUAUUAUUAUUAUUAUUAUUAUUUUUAUUGUGUUCGGUAUGGGCGACAGAACAAGCAAUGAGAUGGAGAAUUUAUCUCUACAAUCAAAAAGCCCAACUCCCAGAGAUUUGUUACAAAGAUUUACAAAAAGAUCCGACCCGGAUGAGGAUAUCGGAUCCGGGUCGGGUGAAGAGGUGGAACUAAAUCUUGGGUUGUCGUUAGGUGGAAGAUUUGGUGUUGAUAAGAAUAAUAAUAAGUUACUGAGGUCAUCUUCAAUUGCUGCGAUUUUACCGGUGGCAAGAGACGACGACGUUUUAAGUGGUGGUCAUGAGAAUCUGAGUCCGGGUCCUGGUCCGGGUCGAGGUUAUUCGGGUCUUAUCCGAACAUCAUCGUUGCCGGUGGAGACGGAGGAGGAAUGGAGGAAGAGGAAGGAGCUGCAGAGCUUGCGGCGGCUGGCGGCGAAGCGGCGGCGAUCGGAGAAGCAGAAAAGUUUGACUAGAGGUGAACGGGAUGAGUACGUGGCAGCUAUGGGUCGGGUCGGGUCGUCCCCGGGUCCACUGUUUGGGUCGGGUAAAUGGCCUCCUAGAGGUGGGGGGUUGUCUCCAGAAGGGGGUGUGUCAGAGUUGGAGAGUAGGUGUCGUCAAGGAUCAAGUGGUGAAACGAGCUCGUUGUUACAAGAAAGUUCGUCGGGUUCAAACCCGCGGCUUGAUGUGGAGGUAGAGGGGGGGAGUUCCGAUAGGAAAAAGGCGGGGAAAGAGGUUGGUUCGAUGGAGGACAUGCCUUGUGUUUUCACGCAAGGGGAUGGUCCGAACGGGAGAGUGGUAGAAGGGAUAUUAUACAAGUAUGGAAAAGGCGAACAAGUGAAGAUAAUGUGUGUUUGUCAUGGUAGUUUUUUGUCACCGGCGGAGUUUGUGCGGCACGCGGGUGGAACCGACUUUGUUCAUCCCUUGAAACACAUUGUUGUUAAACCUGGUUCCUCGUUUUCAUGAUUGAAUGUUGGUUUAUUGAGCGUCAGUGCUUGCAUGGUGGGGGUCUUGAAUGUUUGUAUAGUAUUAUUUUCAUAGAUUUUUGAUGCAAAGUGAUAUGAUAUCGAUAUGAGUAUAUGACGACCCUUGGAUGAAUGAUCCUUGUAUGGGGCUUGUAGUUUGUUGCUUAAUUAAUGGUAGCUGGUUUUUCUUAUAUUU